AUGUCUUCUGGUCAAGAACAAAAGACGUACGUGAGCAACGGCGAGGUGGUUGCUAGACCCCCUGCCUCGGUGCAGAUCAAGCGCUAUGCCGACGACAUCAUCGUCUUCCUCGUCCUCUACUUCACCACUCUCUUCUCGAUGGACUCGUACGCUGCUGCGGCCAACUCGCCCUUCAGCAGGCGCAGGGAAGACCGCGCGUGGUCCGGGAGCGCGAGAGCCGUCUCGUCUGCCCCCGCGCCCGGCUUGCCGCCAAACGGCCGCUACAACGGCGCGUACAGGAUGGCUCGGGAAGGGCAUCUGGGGGGUGGUGGCGGCGGCGCUCCGAUGCCAGGUCCUGGCUCCUGUCGGAGCUGCUGCGCGACGUCACUUUGA